AUGAUGCUGUUUGUCGAACAAGCUACAACACAGACACCCAUUCCUACUUCGACUCCAGACCCACAUCCACCCUCUCCGCCAAAGUAUGGGACGAACGUUGAUGCAAUAGGUUGGAGUUGUGGCGGCAUAAUUGUAGUAGGGCUAAUAGCUUCUACUUUAAUUGCGAUAACUGUUGUGCUUAUGCGAAAAAGAAAUAAUCGGGCACCAUUCCAAAGAUUGUUUUGCACACAAAGCGAUGACAGCCGUGCUGAGAUUCACCUAGAAUCCAGUCAAAACAUGAUAGAGUUGCCUGAAAUAAGGAGGCCAGAAGACCGUGACAGUACCCCGAGUCCCGACCCAGCCAUAUCUACUGUAAGCCCACCAGUGCAUGUGACUCCAGACAAUCUUGACUCCGACAAUGGACCCCACCACAAUAGCACCGCAGUCUUCCCGACCACCCACGUCUCCAACAGUGAGACACACACAACCUUUCCGGAACAUCUCAGCUCUGGCAGUGAAAUGAGUGAGCUCCCGUCCGUCCACUCUCCCCCACAACAGGCCAGCGAGGGACACAAUCAACAACACACCACCAACACCACUGGAGCAGUCUUGGUAUCAAAUACUGACAACACCAGUGUUGACACUUCUGUCUUCACAUACCCUUAUCCGGAAGAAAAUCAAUUAUUACAGACAAAAUUUGUAUCAUGAAAAGGCAACCACUGUUGUUGUUAUGUUUCUCUGAAUUCAGCUUGUACCAUAGAUAUUUUUCUCAUCCUUUGAUACUAUAGAAACAAUACACAAGACAAGAGAAUUGUUACACUGUGUUUUAUGUCACUU